GAGGUCGCCCCUCUCCCUCUCCACAACGGAGCUUUCCCUUUUUCUCUCUCUACUCCCAUGUCCGGCCAUCACUACCGUCGGCCGAUCUCCCUCACCGAAGCUUCGCAAGCCAAACCCUUGCGCCACCAACUCCGCCUUGCCCAGAUGAUUCCAUUUUCCCCCUUUCCCCUCUCCCUCCACCUUGGGAUAAGCCGCCACCACCACCUUCUCUUAUCGCCGGAACUGAGCUCUUGUUGCCGCCGUUCCGGCCAUCCCUCUCUCUUCCUCCGCCUUCCACCACCCUCUCCGGGUGCGCGUUGCUCGGGAACACCAUCUCCUACCGGCGUUCCCACCUCCCGGCCACCGGAGAGCCGGCGCCCCGCUCGCCCUCUUCUCUCCCUCCUCUCGGAUCAAAGAAGCAGAGAAGAAGAAGAGGUAGAAGAGACAUAUGACAAGCGGGCCCCACUGUACAGUAAUCCCUUUUCUUUUAUUUGAGUUAUUUCAAAUUCCAAACUUUAGGCACCCAUAUCUCUCCAACCACAAAUCCAAUUCCAGUGAACCUUUGAUCUAAGUUCAUCUAAUUUCAAACCCUCCCUUUUGAUACCAAAUUUCCUAUUUAAAAUUUUGUUUAAAUACCCUUUUAAUUUAAACCUAUUUGAUUUAUCUUAAAUCCCUUUAAUUUUAAAAUUUCUUAUUUUAUUUAAAACCAUUUUUAAAUUAAAUUAUCUUUAAAUAUCUUUAUAUAUCCUUUCUUUCUUUAUUUAAUUACCUUUUCUUUAUUUCCUUUAAAUAUCCUUUCUUUAAAUAUCUUUAAAUAUCCUUUCUUUAGUUUGGAUCUUUUCACCUUUUAACAGUAGUAUAAUUAGCUUGUAUGAAUAAACCUGUGUAAAUAAUCGAAAGCUGUUCUGUACAUCAAUCUGUGCGUGAUUGAAAUCCUGGACGAUCACGAGUGGAUUUUUGGGGCAUCAAGCCUAAAUUGGGUGUCCCCACAGUCGUCCAGUCCGAUUUUCGUCCCUUGACUGCAAAACCGGGUACGACACAUCCCUCAACUUACGAAAACCGGGCAAACGAGGUCCUUCGGCGGUUUUGGCUGAUGUGGCGCCUAUGUGGCUUUUUUGACUAGGUCUUCACCCCACGUGGCAUUGACGUGGCGCUUACGUGGCAAUUAUAUCCCAGCAAAAUAAUAAAAAACGUGGCCCCACAUGUCAGCUGCACACAAAAAAUAAUUUUAAAAUGGUGGGGCCCAUGUGGGCCCCACAUGUCAGCCUCACUUCUCUUUCCUUCCCUCUCCAUUCUCUCUUCUCUUCCCUUUCCCCUCUCUCUCUCCUUCUGGGCAGCGGACGGUGUGUGUGGGCGGCGGAGCAGGCGAGCUCCGGCGGCUGCGGCGAGCGUGGUCGGUGCUACCCCCCGACCGGAGCGCCGUGGACAGCGCGGCGUAGGCGCGCGGGUGACCGAAGAAGCGCGUGCGCCGGGCAGUCGGAGUCGGCGAGCGCCGCGACGUCGGAAUCGGCCGGCGGCGGGAGGAUGUUGGAGAGCGCGAGGAUGUGGGACCUCGCCGUCUCCCACCAGGACGGGGUAGGGUCAGAUGCGGACACUGCCGACGAGUUCGAGGGGGCGAGGCUGCCCCGGUGGCGAGUUGGGGGUGCCAGCGGAGAAGACAGAGACGGGGGCGACGGCAUCCUCCGCUUGCGCCCUGGGGCCCCGCGCGCCGCCGACACCCUCCUCGAUGCCGCCGCCGCUAGAGCUAGCGCCGUGUAGACCCGAGCGCCGCCGCCGCCCUGCUCCCGCGUCGGCGCUGCUAGUCACGGCCGCUUGCGUCCUUGCGUCCUCGGAGGCGAAGGUUUGCACGGGCGCGUCCACGUGCCUCCCCCCCACUGCCACCGCGGCCCAAGGCCAUGCUGCCCGUCGUCUUCGUCAACGGCGACCAAACCGUCGACCUUGCAACCGUCACCGUCCCACCUCCUUCUCCUCUCGCCUGCCGGCUUCGCUCGUCGCCGGUGGGGCGCAUCUCUGUGACGGGCGCCGACUCCCGCGCCCACACCUUCUCCUUGUCCUCCUCCGCCCACUCGAUCCAGUUGCCUCCGUCCUCCAUCACCGCCGCCGCCGACGCCCCCAUCCUCCGUGCGGCGGGGGCCAGCGCGGGUCAGGGGGACCGCGCGGCGCCGGCGAUGUCCUCCUCAUCGUCGUUCCCUCCGGCAUCGUCCUCCCCCUUGGCAUCGCCCUCCGCUCUCGGCUUCGUGGUGGCGCCGUCACCGCCGCCAGGCUGGUUCCGGCGGAUCGCGGAACGGCCGCCUCCACUCUCCUGCCAUGCUGACCGAGGUGUCAGCGAGGAUCAGCCGCCGCCCGACCCACUUCGCCCCUCGGAUCCGCCCCGCCGUUGCCCGCUCCGGCUGCCGCUCCACCUCGCCGUCGCCCGCUUCGGCCGCCGCCCAUGCCGCUCCACCGGCUUGGAGAGCGAGAUAAGAAGGAGGGAGAGGAUAGAGAGGGAUAGAGAAAAGAGAGAAUGAUGUGUGGGUCUUCAUGGGCCCACCAUUUUUUAUUAUUUGUGUCUGUGACUGACAUGUGGGUCCCACGGGUUUUUUUUAGGGUGUGUUUGGUUGGAGGGAUAUCCCUAGAUGGGAGAUGGCGAUCCAGUUUUUGAGUGUGUUUGAUUGGUGGGCGAAGGUGGAUAGGACGGCCUGGAGAGGGAAUAUUCCACGAAGAUGCUGGAUGAGUGUAUGCGACCAAAUUGGCCGGAUGAGGAUAUUCACCUUUGCUAAUUUUGAUCAUUAGUUCUUGAUUAGCAAUAAUUAAAUUAUAUUAUUGUUAAUCAGUAAUUAGCUUGUCAAAAUUAGAUAUAAUUACUCUAUUUUAUUGUUAAUUAGUAUAAAUUAUGGCUAUAUUAAUGAUAAUUAACAUAUUUCAUUAUUAAUUAAUAUGUUGUUGUUUUCAUUCAAUCCAUUCUCAUCCACCCAACCAAACAAAAAACUGGACCACCAUAUCCCUCAAAAUAUGGAUGGCCAUAUCCUAUCCAGUCUUACUAUGAACCAAACACACCCUUAAUCUAGUAGCCACGUAAACGCCACAUCAAUGACACGUUAGACAAAAACUAAUUAAAAGGAGCCACGUAGGCGCCACCUCAGCAAAAAUCAGACACAAUACUGCCGAGGGACCUAAUCUAAACGGUUUUGUAAGUUGGGGGACCUGUCGUACCCGGUUUUGCAACCAAGGGACGAAAAUCGGACUGGACGACAAAUAGAGGGACCCAAAGUGAACUUAUUCCUUUGAUUUGGGCUAGAAACCAAACAAGCCGUAAAUCUGAUUUAGCCCAAGGUAGGCCAUGCAACGAAAACAUUUUAAGGCCUUUGAGCCCAGCAACAUUUUGAUGCAUGCAUGUUCUCCUCGUUUUAUUCGAGUUGGGAUAUUUGGAAUUUUGGAUAGGCCUUGGACCGUUGGAAGAUAUCAACCGGACCCGAAAGUCCAAAGCUUUGGCUGUCUCGUUGAUUUCUGGGUGCACUGAUUGCCCAAAUCACGUCGAUUGAAGUCGACGCCGUUGUCGUCGCGGUGCCAUUCCGGCCGGUGAGUAUUUUCCAAAGGAGCAGGUGAUGCGGUGUAAUUGGUGAUGAUGUUGCGUUUUCUCGUUUCAACUCCGAAAAGCAAAGGGUACGAAUUUCCUGCCAAAAAAAUCCUCAUGAAUUGCUACGCUCUGAACUGGGCCGUGGCGCAUUAUUGAUGUGGGGCAUCUGCUAAUUCGUGGUGGUUCCGUGCCGUUGUCCGGUUCCACCUACGACCAAUCUUUGACAAGGACCUGAAUGAAUCUUGUUGUCGAUUCCCAGUAUCCGAAUUGGUUCACCCUUUCGACAACGAUGUGCUCCAUGAUGCCUUUGGGUGCAGAAAAAACUCAGCAAAGCGCAUCUUAUGUUUGGUUCAUGCGACGAACCAAACACAAUUUCAAAUCCUCUGAAGUCUGAACAAAAUACACAUUUUCAAUUUAAUUACUGUAUCAAAAUUUUGUAUUAUCCAAAGUACGAGUAGUGCUCUAUAUCAGAGAAGCCACGUCCAGAAGCCUCUUCCUAACAAGAGCGCAAGACCAACCACCAAACGUUCUAGAAACUAACCCGCACUACAGCACUACAGAUUAUGCUUUAAGAUACUACUACCUCUAUU